AAGAGUCUUCUUUUAACUACAUUUUUGUAACUCAUUCAACCAUUAUAAUUGUAUGUCAUAUGAUCGGAAGUCUAUGCUAUUUUAGGAUAUUUAUGUCAGAAAACGUACACACAUUUCCUAUUGAUGAGAUAAACUCUAAUUUCUGAAAGAACAACGAUGUUCAUGAAUCGAGAAAUACUUGGAGCCCUAUGGUUGACUGCGGUGUUAUUUCUAACGUCAGUCUCCGCUAAACCUCGACAUAUUGUUUUCAUCGUUGCCGACGAUCUCGGAUGGAACGACGUUGGUUUCCAUAAUCCUACUAUGAUCACCCCUAAUAUCGACAAGCUUGCCUACAAGGGCGUUAUCCUUAACAGUUCAUACGUCCAACCACUCUGCACACCGUCUCGAAACAGCUGGAUGACCGGCGUGUAUCCAUUCAAACUUGGAAUGCAACGCGGAGUAAUAAUACCUGGCACGAACGAAUGUUCUCCGUUGGAUUUAGAGUUUUUCCCACAGAAGCUGCAGAAACUUGGAUAUUCUACCCAUAUGGUAGGAAAAUGGCAUCUAGGUUCCUGUAGCUGGAAUUGUACACCAAUGUACCGUGGGUUCGACUCUUUCUUUGGCUAUUACGAGGGCAUGGAAGAUUACUACACAAAAUUUAUCGAACUUGGGAUUGAUUUUCACGAAAACAAAAAACCUCUUAAUGAUUCGACAUAUUCUGCUUAUUUGUAUGCAGAUAGAACUAAAAUGAUUAUAAAUAAUCACAAUAAAUCGAAACCCUUGUUUUUGUACCUUCCGUUCCAAUCCGUCCAUGCUCCUAUUCAAGUCCCAAAACGAUUUGAGGAUAUGUAUCCAAAUAUCAAAACCCAGCAAAGACGCCAGUAUUGCGGCAUGGUAUCUGCUCUAGAUGAGGCUAUUGGUAAUAUAACUAGAGCGCUAACUGACAAUGGAAUGAUGGACGAUACUUUGAUCAUAUUUACUGCCGACAAUGGAGGAAUACCAACACAAUCUGGGAACAACUAUCCGUUGCGUGGAGCCAAAGCGACAAUAUUUGAAGGAGGAACAAGAGCAGCUUCCUUCGUUGUUGGAGCUGGAGUAGAAAAUUCAGGCUAUACAUACAACGGUUUAAUGCAUGCUGUUGACUGGCAUCCUACAAUUGUUGCCGCCGCUGGUGGAACUAUUCCAGAUAAAUUUAACGAUAUAGAUGGCAUAAAUCAGUGGGAAGCUAUAAGUACUGGAUCCGAAUCUAACAGAAAAGAACUGGUAUAUAACUUAGAUAAUUCCGAUCAGCCAGGUUCUCAGGGACAUGCUGCAAUACGUGUUGGUGAUUUUAAGCUUAUUCAAGGAUAUCCGGGGCCGUUUAGAGACUGGUACAAACCCGACCAGAUUUACUCAAACAUUGACGAUGAAUUAAAUGAAAACGAUUAUUAUGCAAGACUCGCUAUAGAAGAUGAAAAGAAACAAAGAGAUGAAUGGAUAAAAGAAGGAUUUAAACAUAACAAAAAAUGGGAGGGAGAUGGUCUAUACAACCUUAAGAAUGAUCCAACAGAACAUGAAGAUGUUAGCGAAUUGUAUCCAGAUGUGGUAAAGCAACUGAAAGCGAAGUUGGAUGAGUACAGGAAAAGUUAUGUUGAACCCAAAACGUAUGCGUAUGAUUCUCGUUCGGAUCCCCAAAAGUUUGGCGGAUUCUGGACGCCGGGAUGGUGUUGAGAGCAUUUCAGCUACAGUCUUCGAACUUAAAUUAUUUGAACUUAUGCUGUAUUUGAAUUGAUAGACAAACUGUUUGAUUCCUGUUUAUUGUCGACUAGGACUAUUAAUAUGGUUUUUAGCAGUGCAAGUGUGAAGACAUUAGUAUUCUAUAAAAGAUAAAAUGGAUAAUUGUAAAACAACAACAACAAAACAAAAACACCAGGUAAAUAAAUCCUCUACUACUUGUAAAGGGCAUGACAUUCCCUUCAUCCGUAUGAUGUUUUGUGAUAUUUCAAGAAGAAUUUUAAAAGUGAGGAAAAAGAUAUAUUACAGACCAAAUAUGAACGUAAAACUGGACUCUUACUCUAAAUUAUAAAUAAGUUAUGUCUUAGACUAUAUUUUAUUUAUGUCCGCUUGCUUUUCAAUAUGCACACUUAUUACACAGUAGUUACACAGUAUGUAUUUUGAAAAUUUAAAUGUAAACUGUUGAAGUUUUAACCUCCAGUGGGCGAGUUGCGUCAUUUGUCUAUGCUGAUUUUUAUACAUAGAGACAAGAAAAUUGGCUUUUUCUUUUCA